ACCUAGCUAACAAUAGUAACAGCAACAGGCCUAGAUUUUAUCAGCUCGACCGCCACUCUCUUGUAGGUCGUCUCAACUUUUGCGCGCCAUAAUUGUGUGUGCAUACGUGCAGUUCGCCGUUCAGUGGUGCAGUUCGUGCUUUGUUCUCGCUGCUUGCGGAGCAGAACGCCAGCUCUGGAAAGGAAGAAAGGAGUGUUCCUUCCGCCAAAAGAAGGGUGCCGUUUCCUCCGCCCGUUGUCUUCCCAGUGUAGUGUGAAGUGUUCGUUUGCAGUUUGGUGGUCUUCUUAGGCAAGGAUGAGAGAAGUGAUCGUAUCAAUGCUGAGCAUCCCCAGACGUCACCAUUGGCCCUGGUGGGUUUUGGUGCGCUGGACUGUUUUGCUGCUGGUCGUGGUGUUCGCCGACGCUCAGCGAGGUCGCUGCUAUGCCUCUCGAGCCGCUCUCGGCCCACAUUCACCGCACUGGCAUUCUGACUCGGACUUUAUUCCCGACCAAAGCAGUGCCAUGUCGGCGGUGCGCGGACACCAUGACACAGGCCAUGCAAUGUCCGAACAGAGUUUGCAUUCUGCUGAUAGCUCGGCGCUGGCCAGGACCCGGCGCAAUCCGUGGCAGCAGACUGAGGUUUGGUUUAUCAAUCUGGUGGAGCGUGGGAACGUCAGUAUGGAACUGAAAGGGCAGUUUGUGGACCUUCGCUACAUACGACUGGGCUUCGGAGACACGCGAAAGAACCGGGCAUCCGUGACCAUCAAUGAUCGGGUACACGUUGCGGAAUAUUACAAGGGGCAAGUGGUGGAGAAUAAAACGCGUCACGUCAACAGUGACUAUCCCGUGAUACCGGCAAAUAGCAUAUGGUUCGUAGUAUCGUACAUUCACCAGACAAUGGAUGAAUCACAGAUCAGGCACGGUAGCCUGGCUGUUGUUACGCUUGUCCAAGACCUGGAGCACAUAUUCCAGAAUGCGGGUUCAACAGUUAAUAUAGACCGUGCACAUCAAUCGAAUCUAUUUGUCUUCAGCACAUUCAUGACGACAGUGAAUGUGAAUGUGGACAGUGGAAUUGAUAUCUGGGGUUUGCGUCGAGAUGUGGACGAAAACGGGAUAACGACGUUCAAAAUAGUGCGACUCCUCAACGGAUUAGUACGCCAUGAUGCUGUUGCCCAAAUUGUCGACGCUGGAGUGUAUGAAAUCAAGGUGUACCUCCACAAUACCAUCGAAAAGCAAAAACCCUUCCGUCUGACCCACUUCAAGAACAUCCCAUCGCUUAUCCCGGAUACUCAUCGCUACAUUGAACUGAAACCCAGGCAGCGAACGACGCUCAUCAUUGGAGGACAACUAGAUAGGUUUCACCAUCGCAAACUGCUCGCAAUCCCAAGACAUGAGGUGGAGCCAUUCCGCUAUCCCAAGAUCAAGUUUAUGGUCUUCAACGGCAUUCCAAUACCACCGAGUCAGCGUCUAGAGAUGGGAUUCAUGUACAGUUUGGACAAGAACAACUUUGAGGUCUGGACCAGUCUUGCAUACAAGCAGAUGGGCUUUGUUGAUGUUGAAGCCAAGCAGAAUGACCCGUACACUAUGGGCAUAGUGGAAGGCACCAAAAUAGUGCACCGGUAUCAGCAAUGGCCGAUCCGAAGCGCCGUGUCGUUUCACAAUGGCCAUUGCAUCAUGUUCGCAGACCAGGAGGAAGCUGGGUCGCCGACAAGCAACUUCCUGUGCGUGGAGGACGAUGGCACGCCACACGGCCUAGCGUCCUGGAUGGUUCUCUACCACGGGCUAGUUAACUAUACUGGUGCAUUAGAUAUCUUCUUCAAAACGAGUGGCAGCCCUCAACACGUGGGUAGUACACCGACAAUCCACGUCAUGACCAGUGCCUACAAGUCUUUUGCCAUAACCAACAUCACCUCCGGACUGUAUCUGGUCAAGGUUGCACCAGCCAAGAAGAUCCUGUGGCACAACGACUUUGAUCUUGUCGACUCGCUGGUUGAAGAGGCGUGUGUGAAUCUCACAGGAACCUAUCCGGAGGUGGUCAGUGUAGCCAUGGUGCACGGAUCACUCAACGCUCCACCAGGUUCUCUAUCAGCGCCCGUGUUCAGUAUGAGGAAUAGCAACGGUGCAGUGAACAACGUCGACAUGGUACACUGCAAGCCGCCCAAACCGCCGUGCCGCGAUUGCUUCACAACCGCCGCACCUACCACUACGCCAGCGCACUCCGGUGCUGCUGCUGUGGGGAAGCUCAUCCCGAGCUGUCCGCUACUAGCGCUGCUAACGUGCAGUCUUUGUGCAUUCCUAACGACCAGUAAGCAUUGGUUGUCAAGGUAACCCGCACUAAGCUGCCUGCACAGCAUUGAUAGCAGAACGGUGCAUACUUAUACGUCAGCUUGAUUUAUGUAAGGAUAUCGUUUUUUUGGUUUCCCAAUUUUCGUUCCUGCCAACUUCAUCCACCGCUACAAUCUACACACGCAACCCUUACACGGCUGUGCUACGACAGAAUGCAACCCUUACACGGCUGUGCUACGACAGAAUGCAACCCUUACACGGCUGUGCUACGACAGAAUGUACAUUCUAAUCGACGCUAGUUCUUGAGAUUAUUUUCUAAACUAAAGUAUCCGAUUUCUGUUGACCUGUUGCAUAUUUAGAAAAGGGUAUUUUCGGCUAGGGAGAGCAUGCAUGCAACCGGAUUGUUUUCAACACGAUAUAAAACAAUAUAUUUUACGUUAUAUUUUACGCUUUUUUUUCUCACUGGUUGCGGCCGGCAGCCUGGUGGGUGAGCAGGAUUCCUGUUCUUGUUUCCCUUAUGCCGCAUUUUUCUUGACUAUCCCCCUCUCCCUCCCCCCUCCCAACACACGUACUACACAUACCGGCGGCAUUGUGAUUUGUGUACUUAUAUUCUGUGCAGUGAGAUCCUAAUGUUGUCCAUUCCAUA